AUGGGGAAGGUACAGAAGAAAAACAGCAAAGGUCGUUUAGAUAGAUAUUACUACCUUGCCAAGGAGAAGGGAUAUCGUGCCCGUUCGUCAUUCAAAAUUAUCCAAAUAAAUGAAAAGUUUGGCCAUUUCUUAGAAAAGUCGAAAGUUGUCAUUGAUUUAUGUGCAGCUCCAGGUUCAUGGUGCCAAGUUGCAUCACAGCUAUGUCCUGUUAACUCGUUGAUUAUCGGGGUAGAUAUAGUCCCCAUCAAGCCUUUACCUAACUGUAUAACAUUUCAGAGCGACAUCACCACUGAAGAUUGCAGGAGUAAAUUGCGUGGGCAUAUGAAGACAUGGAAAGCUGAUACAGUUCUACAUGAUGGUGCUCCGAAUGUUGGUUUAGGCUGGGUCCAAGAUGCAUUCACUCAAUCGCAGUUGACCUUGCAGGCCUUGAAGUUGGCAGUGGAGAACUUGAUUGUGGGAGGGACAUUUGUGACCAAGAUUUUCCGAUCAAGAGAUUAUAAUAAUUUAAUGUGGGUCUUUCAGCAACUAUUUGACAAGGUCGAGGCUACAAAGCCACCGAGUUCGAGAAAUGUUUCUGCCGAAAUUUUUGUUGUCUGCAGGGGCUUCAAAGCACCAAAGAAGUUGGAUCCCCGUCUUCUAGACCCUCGUGAGGUAUUUGAAGAAUUGAACGAUACGAAAAGCGUCAAUAACGAGGAAAAAGUGUUUAAUCCGGAAAAGAAGAGAAGGCAAAGACAAGGUUAUGAAGAGGGUGAUUAUACCUUAUUUCACACUAUGCCAAUCAUGCAAUUUAUCAAAGAAGAUGAUCCAAUAAAUCAGUUGGGACAGCUUAAUAAGUUUGAUGUUGAUGAUAGUGACCAUGAGUGGAAAAUAGUAAAGAAGCUAAAGACGUAUAGUGAGGAGUUGCGAGAAUGUUUUAAGGAUUUGAAAAUACUUGGGAGGAAAGAGUUUAAACAUAUAUUGAGAUUUCGUAAGCAAGCAAGAGACUUGUUAGGAAUCGACAAGGAAGAGGAGAAACCUGAGAUUGAAGUUGAGGAACUAAAUGAAGAGCAAAAGAUUGACAAGGAGUUGAACCAGAUGUUGGAGAAGCAAAAGCAAAAGGCAAAGAGAGCCAAAAAGACUGCUAACGAGUUGAAGCAAAAGGAAAUCAUCAGAAAUCAAAUGCAGAUGGUUACUGAUAUGAAUAUUGGUAUAGAUGCUGCGCAGAUAGGUGCCGACUCGUUGUUUAACUUAAACACAGCUGAAAAAUCGGGCCAACUAAGCAAACUAGCUGCCGGGAAAAAGGCAAUGGUGUUUUCGGAGGAAGACCGCGCAAGAGAUACAGAGAUCCAUUUCGACGAGCAAGAUGCACAGAGUGAAGAUGAAAUUGAUGAGUUAGAGGCGCAAUUGGAUGACAUGUAUGAGCAGUAUCAAAACCGAAGAGCAGAAAGGGAUGCAAAAUAUAAAGCAAAAUUGGCCAGAGGAGGCGACGAUGAAGCAUGGGAUGGUAUAGAGUCGGGAGACGAGAAGGAGGAUAACGAUGAAGGAGAUUAUGAAGUAGAUAGCCUGGACUCCGACGAAGACGAUGAUGAGCAUAUUAAGUUAAUUGCCGAGGGCAAACAAAACGGAGAACUCACCAAGGCUGCAAGAAGUUUCUUUCAGUCAGAUUCAAUUUUCAGUGAACUCAAUGAUGAAGAUUUGAUUGAAGAAUCGAAGCCAAAAGCAGAAAAGAAAAUCGCAACACCAAGGAAUGGAGCGAUGAAAGCAACUGACUUUGACUCUGACUCCGACUCAGGGACUGAUUCAGAAUCUGACUUUGAAAUUGUUCCCAAUACAGGAGACAACGAUGACGAGGAAGAGGAAGAUGGUAGUGAUGACGACCGUUUGUCAAAUAAGGAGAGAGUAGAUUUAACAACCGCAGAGGCAAUGACUUUGGCACAUAAAGUGGCUCUUGGUCAGAUGUCAAAGAAAGAUCUCAUUGAAGAAGGUAUCAACAGAUAUUCCUUCCGUGAUAAGGAGAAUCUUCCUGAAUGGUUCAUCGACGAUGAGCACAAGCAUUCAAAGUUGAUCAAACCGAUAUCGAAGGAGGCUAGUUUGGCAAUCAAGGAGAAACUCAAACAAUUGAACGCUAGACCAAUCAAGAAAGUAUUGGAAGCCAAGGGAAGAAAGAAAAUGAGGGCAUUACGUCGUUUGGAGAAAUUAAAGAAAAAGUCUGAUUUAAUCAAUGAGGAUAGUUCUAAAUCCGAGUACGAUAAGGCGGCGGAAAUCUCCAAAUUGAUGCAAAAGGCUAAAAACAGUGGCAAGGAUAAACGAAAGAAGAUGACGGUUGUUGUUGCUAGGGGAUCCAAUAGAGGUCUCAGUGGAAGACCCAAGGGUAUCAAGGGUAAGUAUAAGAUGGUUGAUGGUGUUAUGAAGAAUGAACAGAGAGCAUUGAAGAGAAUUGCUAAAAAGCACAAGAAGUGA